AGCUAUGAUGAUGAUGAAGAUGAUCAAGUUUCUUCUGGUAACAUUAGUUGUGGUGCUCUCUGGCCAAAUCUCGAGUUACGCAGACAAGGGCCUAAUGAUAAGGGAAUGCCACAACGCAAGAGUCCCGACCAUAUGCAUGCAAUGCCUCGAAUCCUACCGAGAGUCAGUCCAUGCAGACCCUGUUGGCAUCGCCAGCAUCGUCAUAAAGUGUCUCGACUCUAACCUCAAUGUGCUUACCAAGCAAAAAGAAAAAGAUGGUGAUGCAAUCAAGAUAGCUCUGGAGGGUUGCAAAAAGGACUUGUCGGAGGCAAUGAGAAAAGCACUGUCGGAUGCCAAAAAGGGUCUGAAGACAGGUGACUACGACAAAGCUGGACAAUCUAUAAAGCAUGUGCUUGGCUUUCCUCUGAUGUGUAAAUACAAUCUCCAAACUGCCGAGUUCGACUUUACCCCAUUUUAUAGCCAAAUAAAUAUCUAUGCUCAACUCUCCGAUGCUGCCAUGAGAAUCAUUGAUCGUUUCUAAAUAACCAUAUAGCAGUAUCAUGUGGCUUUUAUUCCUAUAUAACUCAACAAGGGGGGUAUCUAUGUUGAUCGAUGCUUUACCAAAACCAAAAAUAAAAUUUAUUUUUUUAUACGUCAUUUUUUCUUAUUCUUUUAGCUUACUGAUUAUUGCUUUCAUGUACACUUCUCAUGAUCAUAUAUAUAGUAAAGAUAUGGUGAAAAAUGCUCAUUUAUUAUAUAUUUAACUAAAUUAAUUAAUUAACUGGAUAAGAACUUUCAAUCCAUAUCUUGUCUCAAUACUACAUACAAAAUAAUCUCAAAGCUAUUUGUUUGUACGAUAAAGACGAUUCUGCCUCUAGUGAUUUCCCAAACACAGUCAGCUUUUCUAUAUUGGGCAGGUUCUCGCAGCGGAGAAUCUUCUCCUUGCCACAAACGUUAUUAAUGGUUAUAACUUUGCGGUUAACACUCCUUGUUGUAUGCUAAAGGUGGAUCUUAGGAAGGCAUUUGAUUUAGUUCGCUGAAACUUCAUAUUUAAUACUUUCAAAUCUUUUCUUGUUUCAGACAACUUUAUAAAUCUUAUAUCUGAGUCCUUAUCCACUGCAUUUUUUCAUCUACAAAUGGCGAAUCUACCGGAAUUUUCAAGAGUGCUUGAGGAAUUUCCCAAAGUGAUCCUCUCUCACCCUACCUAUCAGUGUUGGCAAUGUAGGGUUUUACUCGCUUGUUGACAUCAAGGUACAUGUCCGGAGACAUUUGUUUUCAUCCUCGCACAGAACAAAUUAGACUUUUCCAUCUUAUGUUUGCUGAUGAUGUUAUGAUUUCCUUCGACGGGACAAGUAACAACCAUCAUGGCAUUGCUGAAUGUCUAGAUGAUUUUGCCUCAUGGUCGGGUAUGGAUAUGAAUGCUAAUAAAACUGAGAUUUUCACUACAUGUUUGAACCAUCUCGAAUCCACUGCUAUCUCUAGAUAUGGAUUCCCAAUUGGUACGCUACCCAUCCGUUUUUUGGGACUCCUGCUUAUGAGCAAAAAAAUUAAAAAUCUCAGAAUAUGUACCAAAAUCAGUCAGAGAAUGCAAAGAUGAUCUCUGAAAACUCUAUCAUUCUCUGGUAGGCUUCAUCUAUUUAAAACGGUAGUAUUUGAUUUGGUUAACUAAUGGGUUUCGACCUUUUUCAGCCCAAAGAAUGUAUCAAAAAGAUUGAAGGUCUUUGUUCAAGAUUUUUAUGGUUUUGUAACAUUGAUAAAAAUGGUAUUACAAAAGUGGCUUGGAAUCUGGUUUGUCUCCCCAAAGAAGAGGGUGGUCUUGGACUGAGGAGCUUCACGGUUUGGAAUCAUGUCCUUUGUCUACGGUUUAUCUGGAUCCUUCUGUCAAAAAAAAUAAUUCUCUUUGGGAUAAGUGAUACCGCAAAUAUCACUUGAAAAACAAAUGUCUCUAACAUUCAGCAAGGUUAUCAAUACUCUUGGGUACGGAAGAGAAUUCUAAAGUUCGUCCUCUUUCUCUCCUAUUUUGUAUUUUUUUGAUUGGUAAUGGACUAAACACAAGCUUCCGAUUUGAUUAA